GGCGCGAGAUGUGGACUUUCUUUAGAUAUAUAAGAAGACGAUAAACUCAAUGGAAGGGAAUUAAAUCAUCACAUCAAUCAACAGUCACAACAACAACAAACAAACUUGAACAUCUCAAGCAUCAUCAUCUCUCAAUCACACUUAGACACUUCCAAGUCUCAACCAAUCACAAUGUCUUUCGAUCUCAAAGGCCUCGUCCCCGCCCCCGUCACCCCCUUCACCAAGGAUGGCAAAGUCGACUACGACGCCAUCCAGCGUCUGGGCUCUUGGCUCGGCAGCAUCGACGGCGUCAAGGGUCUCGUCGUUCUAGGCCACGCCGGAGAAGGAACUUUCCUCACCCAGCAAGAACAAGUCGACACCAUCAAGGCCUUCGUCAAAUCCGUGGAUAACAAGAUCCCCAUCAUCGCUGGUAUCACCGGCGAGGGCACUGAAGUCGCUGCUCUAGAGGCAAAGCGUGCUAAAGAAGCUGGUGCGCAAGCUGGUCUUUUGUAUCCCUCCCAUGGAUGGUUGCGCUUCGGCUAUCAGCCUGGUGCCCCGCAGGAUCGAUACAAGGUUGUCUACGAGGUUUCGAAACUGCCUUUGAUCUUGUUCCAGUAUCCGGAUAACACAAAGGCUACAUACAACCUCCAGACUCUUCUUGACAUUGCGGCUCAACCUGGUGUCAUCGCCAUGAAGAACGGUGUUCGCAACAUGCGACGCUGGGACACUGAGAUCCCCGUCUUCCGCCGCGAGCGUCCCAACGUUCCCGUCCUCACCUGCCACGACGAGUACCUUCUCCACACCGCCUUUGACGUGGAUGGCAUGCUUGUUGGAUACGGUGGUAUUGCCCCUGAGCCUCUUCUUGAGCUGAUCAAGGCUGGCAAGGCUAAGGAUUACGCUAAGGCGAGGGAGAUCCACGACCUGCUUCUUCCUGUUACCAAGGCUGUUUAUCACCGGGGUUCGCAUAUGGAGGGUACUGUUGCGCUUAAGCAUGCGCUUGUUGCUAGGGGUAUUUUGUCACAUGCUACUGUGCGAUCGCCUUUGUUGCCUCUUCCUGAUGGAGCCGAGGAGGAGAUUCAUGCUGCUAUUUCAUCGGCGACUCUUAAGAAGGUUACUUAAAUUAUGGCUUGGACUUGGAAUAGCAUAGAGCUUGUACUGUAGAUUUAGAACAAAAGAUCUCAUAUCACCUGUUAACAGCUUUUCAUUGCAGUGACUUACAUCUGCCUAAAACUGCUGCAACAGACUGUUCAAUUAAUAAGACAAUCAUAUAAUUCUUAACUUUUUAAGUUUAGCCAUGCC